AUGUCUGCCGCUUUCCGGCCGUUUGUGAACACGUUCAACUACCUGUCUGCGCACGAGCGCCCGAUCGUCUUUUUCUCGCUGCUCGUCGGCUUUGUGGGCCCGACGGCGGUGAUUGGCGUGCCGCGUGUGCGUGCCUCGUACGGCUGGAAGCCCGCGGAGCGCAUUCCCGUUACCUAUCCGCUGCCCGACAGGCCGCGGGAGCCGGUGACGGGAUACGAUGACGAGUAA